AUGGCGGACUUGAUAUCUUCAGAAAUUGCCGCUGGAUCCAAGGUCAUCCAAGAUGGCCACUGUGACAUCACAAUUCAAGGUGGUGACAUCGGCAUCACCCGGAACCCAGCGAAGACAGCGCGGCGGCCCUGCCGGAUGCGGCCUGACCCAGAAGCCACCGCGGCCCCCAGGCCUCCAGGCGCCCAGGCGCCCAGGUGCCCAGGCACCCAGGCCGCGCAAACACUCUCGCAGCCGCCGUGUCCUCGUAUCGCCUCCAGCGUCGGCCUGCGUGGAGGAGGUGGUUGGGGAGGGGCGGGGGAGGACAGGAAGCAGAAGGGCGAUGCGCUGCUCCUCUACGUCACGUAUAAAUAUAGCUGUCUGCUGGCCAGCUGCGGCAGAGUGGAGUGGCUCCCGGUGCUGGCGAGACCACAGUUGUGCGCGCGAAUAUUUGUCGUCUCUUUGUUCUGCAAGUCAACAGAGGUAGCCAUGCCGACGGAGUGCAUAGCGAACCCGCUGCAGCGCGAGCUGGCGGAUAGCAUCAUCCGCAUGGUGCCGCUGGACGACAUCCGCAUCUUGCUGGCGUGCGGCGCCAAGGCCAACGAGCCGGUGACGCAGGGGCUACGGCCGCUGCACUACGCCGUGUGGCAGCGCUACGCCGAGGCGGCCCGUCUGCUGCUGGUGCGCGGUGGCGACGUGGACGCGCGCGACGAGUGCGGCUACUCGGCGCUGCACCUGGCCGCAGAGCACGGGUACACUGAGCUUGUGGCCUUACUACUCCAUCAAGGAGCCCAAGUUGACUACCGAGAAAACACAGAUGAUCCCUUCCCUCGAACUACCAUCUGUGAUGAACCACUGAGAUUGGCGAUUCGCAACCGUCACUACCAAGUAGCUAGAAUGCUACUCGAACACGGUGCUGAUCCAAACAAGAGAUAUUUUUUCGGCUCUGAAAUUAAUCUGGUCUCGCCAUUGGAUCUGGAGUUCAUGCGGCUCCUGUUGACUUUUGGAGCCAACCCAGACACGCGAGACAGAUCUGGUCUGACACCUCUCAUGAAGGCAGCACGAUUGCCUCAAGGAAUUGACUCAGUGUUGCUGCUGCUGUCGUACGGCGCAGACGUGAACGCCAUGACGGACGCCCGCCACGACUUCCGCACGGUGCUGCACUACGCCGUGCUGUCGGGCAACUUGCAGCUGGUGAACCUGCUGCUGAAGCAGGGCGCCCACGUCAACUACCCGCGCGACUACCAGAAGCCCACGCCGCUCGACCUCGCCAUCCUCAAAGGCGACACUGAUAUGAUCAAGCUGAUCAUCGGCGCAGGUGCCAACGUAAACUCCAGUUCGCCCAUAAUCGGUUCACCAUUGCACGUCGCAUGUGCGGACAACAUACCUAACAGACUACAAAUUCUGCAGUAUCUGUUGUACAACGGAGCAGAUCCUAACAUGUUGAUCGAAAGUGAUGAAGGCCCACCACUACGGCCUGUGUUGGCAGAGUACAUUUCUUCAAAUGAAGAGCCGUGUCCUCAAGUAAUAAACAUAUUACUGCGUUAUGGAGCCAAGGUGGUGAUCAAAACGCAGUUCCGUGAUCCUCAUGGAAUACUAAGUUCAAUACAGAACCUUACACAACAUCACGUCCUGUUUCUCACGCUUCUUGAAGCUGCAGAGAGUUUUGAUAUUUGCAUGAUAAGAAGAUCCUCUUAUCUUACAGAUAACCAAAAGGAACUUUUGCUAGAGAAAGCUAUGAACCCACUCACUUUGCGUCACCAGUUAAGACUAUUUAUGAGGCGACUGAUUGGAUUAAAACUGCCCAAGGUUGUAUGUGAACUACCUAUCCCUAAAAUACUGCACAGAUAUUUAUUGUAUGAAGUAAACUAAAAUUUAAAUGUUUGGCUGAGCUGAAGUUUGUUCACGAGACAUGUCAAAUGGUUUUGGUUUUUACAAGGGAAAGAUGUAGACGUAAAUAUAAUGUUGUUGCUGUUUGUCAUCCUGUGUGUAAAAAUUAGAGCAAGGUGCAAUGAUUGAAAAAUGGUUUCGAUUAGUAUUAAGUUAAAACAUUAAAAUUUGAUCUAUUGCAUUGAUUUAAAGUCUUCCUAGACAUGGUCUUUAUCUGUGAUGAAUUUAAACCACUCAAAUUGCUACUGUGUUGAAUGAAUGAAUAAAUGAAUCAAUAUUAACUAAAUGUAAGAAUUCAUCAUUCAUAAUAUAUUUUAUUUUACAAAUCUGUGAUGAUAUGGAUAGUAAUACAAUAAAAAUAAUCAGAUGAUUUUAACACAAAUUAUCUAGUCAAAAAACAUUUAUUCGUUCAUAAAUACAUUGAUUUUAAAGCAAUAAUUAAAAUUAAUGCUGCAAAUUGUAAAAUAAGGAUUUUGAAAGCAAAAAUUACUUUUGAUAAUGACUAGACAUACAAGUUUUGUAAUGACUGACAAUAAACAAAUAAAUUUCUUAUUCACAUAAAAAAAUUACUAUCAAUACAAUAAAGUAUUUUUGUAUGGGAUAUUUUUCUACCUUUUGUAGGGUGUUUUACUUAUAUAUAAUUAUAUUGAUAGAUAUUGUAGAUUUAUUCAGUGUGUUUAUAAGAUUUUCAUAUUUGUAAUUUGUAUCUUUGUACAUUGAUAAUUAAAAGAAAUGUUAUG